UUAAAUCCCCAUAAGAGCAGGCGGUGACAGAGCAGAAGUCACAAAGGUGCACAACAGACGGACCUGGAGCAGCUCAUCAAAUAAACAUUGUUGAACAGAUUUAUCUAAACAGAGCUGGAUGUGCCAGGACGACACGCCCUUGACAGAUCACAACAAAUAAAAACCUCGAAAUCUGUGCAAAGUCACAUGGUGACUUUGCUGUAGAAGCACCAUUUGAUCAACUUGUCUGCGUAUCUGCAUACCAAACCUCUGGAGAUGGAUUCCCUCAUGUCCCUGGGUGCUCCCAUCAAGCAGUUCACCAGCCGCAUGUCGGGGAAAAGCCCCUCGGCCAAGAGAGGGGGCAAGAAGGGCCAGCCUGCGGGCCGGCGGAGCAGCUUCACCCGCAGGAAGAGCGUGGGCCGCAGGAGAAGCCUCCCCUGCCAGAGCCAGAAGGUCCCGGACUCCUGGCUCCGGGUCUACCAGGAGGAGCUCAAGAGAGAGAGGAAGCGUCAGCAGGCCCUGCUGGCCAAGAAGCACGCGGAGCGGCCCGUGCGCGGGACUCACUUCAGGAGCCACCACUGCCUCCCCAAGCACACCACGGCUCCCAGGAAACCGGCGGCGGUGAAAGACGACUCGUUCUUCGGAGCGUUCCAGGGCCUGAGCCUGGACGGGCUGAUGGGCAGCGCUGGAGCAGCCGGGGUCAGCGCUCCGGCCGGCGGGGCCGAUCCCUGCAAAGUCAUGUGAGCUGCAACGCUGAGCUGCUGACGAGAUUUCCCUGAGAGCUGGAAUAAUCUCAAUAAGACUGUUUAGCAACUUGAAACCCCAAGAGGAACCAGGACUGUAUUUCUUUAACUGAUAUUGUGGCAUGGUCUUGACUUUUUUUUGUACUGUCUGUGAAGAAUGUUCAUUUAUUUGCCAAUUAAGCACAACUGUUUUUUCUCCCUUCUGUAAUAAGGUUAUAAAAGGAUCAAGGAACACUUGCUGACUUGUUUGUUUUUACACACCUCAGCUUCACUUGGUAGGAUUUAAAUCCAAACCAGAAACUAUAGGCAGGUAGAACGUGUUUUUAUUCAUUUUCAAAACACACUAUAUCAGUGUUCUUAUUUUAAUGAAUACAUUUAAGAUGAACUGUAGGGGAAUUUGGACAUGACAAACCAAACGUGUCUCAGUGCUGCAUACUCACAAUUAUUCACACAUUUAGAUAACAGCAGGUACAACCUCAAAGCAUUUGAACGUAGCGAGCGGUGUACAGGAUUAAAGAAAGGAUCCUUAAAAAUAAAAACCUUUGUGACUUUGGAUACACUCAGCUUUGCAGAUCACAGAGAAGUAGGCUUGUUAAGACCUUUAUUAAUGUUAAAAAAAAAGUAAAGAAAAAAAAUGAACAUCAUUUUUCUUCUCAAGUUACAUUAGUGGAAGAUGCACCAUUUCUCUUUCUUAAACAAGGAAGGUAUGAUUUCUGGCUCCAGAUCACAAAUAUGUACAUUAGAAAACCAAGUACAAAACUACAUUUGUCAGAAGGAAGCUGUCACAUGACGCAGAUCCUGACGACUGUGUGAUGACAAGUACACAGAUGACCAAAGACGACGAGGUGAGGGUACACAGAACAGCAACAAGAUUUUUUGUCUGUUUUCUUUUUUUACAAAGUAUAUUUUUAGUCAAGUCCCCAUUUCCGGCAUCAUUCCCUCUGUUCCAUCUUGACUUUUGGGGGCUUGAGGAAGGAGCGGUUCUUUUUCUCCUUGGUCUUUCCUUUAGCCUGGAAGGUCCUCCAGCUAUCCACCCGCCCGUCUCUUGUUUCCUGAAAUAUGUUACAAUGAAUAAAAGCUUUACAUUUUUAAAAAGCCACUUAAUUGCUUAAAUAAAAGUAACUACAGACAUCGGACAGCGCACCUCAAAGUUUUUCUGCCAUUCUCUAUCCCGCUUUGCCUUUUCUGCCGUCUCGAUUUCCUCCUCUCGUGCCCUUUUCCUGCAGGAUGAAAAAAAGGAAAUCCAUGGCUAAAUAUUUUGUGUUUUAAUGACGUUCAAAUAAAGUGGAUAUCUAACAUUUAAAAGUUGUAUCCAAUAACGACCAGUCUGAAAAUAAAUGUUUGUCUACCUUUCAUGCAUGUCCUUUGCUUCCCUUUCCUUCCGUUUGAUUUCAAGCUCUGCAAACAACUUCAUGGUCUGUUUGUACACGGCUUGUUUGAACUGGAGGGGAGAAAAAUUCCAGCACCAAAUUAUGACAAAUAUUUCAUGCUGAUAUUAACUUGAAGAGCAG